UGUGUGUGGGGUUAUGCUCAGAAAAAAAAAAAGGGUGAUUCUUAGCUAUACUUCAUUCAAUUCUUAUAGCUGCUCAUUCUGACUAUAAAGCCAACUACUCCAUCAUUUUUCACCUCUUCAAUAGUACUAGUAGUAUAUACUACUAACAUUUUCAUAUUCAUAUAAUUAUUAUAAUAUUUUACUAUAUAGUUUUCUUAUUUCAUUCCCUCUCACUUCUUCUAUCUCUAAAGUCUAAUAUAUCUUCCUUUCAAUAUUUUCCAACAUACCAUUAUUUGAUCUGCUUAAAGUUGCACAACAUUGAAACAAAAUGAAGAAGUUUGUGCUCAAGUUAGAGUUACAGGAUGACAAGGAUAAGAAGAAAGCACUCAAAACAGUUUCAACUCUUUCAGGGAUUGAUGCCAUCUCAAUGGACAUGAAAGAAAAGAAAUUGACAGUGAUAGGAACAGUAGAUCCAGUAAAUGUGGUGAGCAAAUUGAGAAAAUUUUGGCACACAGAAAUAAUAGCUGUUGGACCAGCAAAAGAGCCUGAAAAGAAGAAAGAAGAACCCAAGAAAGAGGGAGAAAAGAAAGAAGAAGGAAAGAAAGAAGAGGGAAAGAAAGAAGAAGAGAAGAAAAAAGAGGCACCCCCACAACCAGAUCCUAUUCAAGAAUGGGUUAGGAAUUAUAGGGCAUAUAAUCCCUACAUGACAACACAUUACCAUGUUCAAAGCAUGGAAGAGAAUCCUAAUGCAUGUGUCAUUUGUUAAAUAGCAAAAUGUCCAAAAAAGAGGGAAAUAUAUAAAAGUUUCUAAGUAUAUGUUAAUGGAUUUAAUUAUCUUUCCUCACAUAGUUUCAUAUAGGUGGCCACAUGCAACAAUGUAGGAGCUCUUGUAUAUAAUAUGGUGAUGCCUUGUUGAAACAUUAUUAAUAUUAAUGUGUAGAGAGAAAGAAUAAAAUUUUGGGGAUUUUGGUUUUGAAAAAAAAA